AUGGACUUCUAUCGUCUUUUGAAACAAUUUUACAUGAAAAGACGUUGAAAUGAAAUUACUUCUGUCGUUAAUUCUGUAAAAUACUUAACCUUAUAGUGCGAAAAGCGCUAAAUUCCACGCUUUCUAUGCUAGUAUCCACGUCUGCAUCGAGUUUUCAAUGUGUCAAACAGUGUUUCGAAGAGAUAUUUGAGCAGUGCGCCGCACAUAAACAGACUUUCCCCAUUGUAAACGCCGGCAAUAAAUCUGAUUUGGCCAAUAUACACAGAGAGGUGCGACUGGAAGAAGUCACGGUCUGGGUCUACUGUGAAUUGCCACGAUUAAGAGCGAAAGAAAGAACAGAGCUGGAAUGCUCCACCAAGCAGGAUCAAAACGUGACUGACCUCUUGAAAGUGUUGCUAUCAUUGUCGCGAUUUCUGCCAGUUGGGAGCAAUAAUGACAUCACAAGUGGACUGAAGCGACGCUCUUCGGCAAAUGUUAGCGCAUCGUCAAGUAUCACACGCAGAGACUGUGGUAGUAAUGAAAAGAAAAAAAGAAAAGGACUGCAAAAGGAACAAACUGGGCAUUUGGAACACAAGUGCAUUGUUACAGCAGAUGACGGACACAGCACAUUUGCUGUGCCGUCCGCAUACUCCUCGCGCACCAAUAACUUGAUAUACGAUAACCUGCGCUGUACGGGGCGCACUGCACUUUGA